UCCUGCUACUGGCAUUCACCCACGAGUCGUUUCCCCCGGCAUCUCGCAUCGUUCCGGGCUAUAUGCGGCCUUUGGACUUCAUGGGCGACGCCCUGCUGAAGGAACAGCUGACCGUCCACCUGUACGGGACCAUCUAUCCCCUGACACCGAAGGCGCUGCACGAGACACGCAAGCGCCUCGAGAGCAACCGCUUCUUCGGCUACGUGGUGGUCCACCACGGGAUGCACAAGCUGCUCCGAUCCGGGUCCUCCGCGCUCAGCGAGGACAUCGUUGGAUACGUGAGAAUGCUGAGAGACGGGGAGUAUCCGGGCUUCAAGAUUGCUGCUCCUCCCAAGCCCCUAGCGGACGCCUUCGAGGCCCUGGCAUCAGCCGUGUACUUGGACUCGGACCAGUGCAAAGCCACCCUGUGGCGUUCUUUCUUUCCCCUGCUGCGGCACCAGAUCAACGUGGAGCUCCAGAAUACCGCGGCCAUAGCCGGAAGGAGGCGCAGCUCCACCACCAGCGGCAGCAUGUCACCCGAUGAAUAAAUGUAAACGC